UUGACGUAAAGUGACAAAAACAAAACAAUAACAGUAAACAUGUGAACAUCAUGAUAGUAUCGGUUAAAAUAUGAGGAUAUCAAUGUCUUAAUUUUUAAAUAUUUAGUUUUCCCAGCGACUUCCGAACAAUGAUAAUUGCUUUGCAAACUUUGAUAUUUUUUCGGGAAUCACUUAUCGCCUUGAUUAACCGUCUGUUAAGCCCAUGUUAUUCAAAGUUAAAAUUGCAAAUUAAAGGAAAUUAUAGUUCAGAUGAUGAAGAUUCCGACGACUACGUAUUUUCAGAAUAUGAUGACGAAAAAGGUGUUACAUUCUAUCCGCCUGUGUAUGUUCAGAGGUACGCAGCAGUCAGCGACUGUCUUAUGGACGAGAGAUGGAAGGGAAAGCUAGAAAAGGUUGUCGAUAUUGGAUAUCAUGACAUGAGUUUCAUAAAAUAUCUUAUAGAUAUGCCUGGAAUUAAGCAUAUCAUGGGUGUUGAUAUAGACCCAAUAACUCUCCGCUGUUCCUCGGACCUCCUGGAAUCUAAAUCUAACUUCACAAAGAGGGAUAAUCCACUGAAGAUUACGUUAUUUCAAGGCAAUGCUGCCGAUCCAGAUUUCAGGCUGAUAGGCUGUGAUGCCGUCGUAGCCAUCGAGAUGAUAGAACACAUGCUCCCACACGAUCUGGAAAAAUUAAUUCACACUGUAUUUGGCUUCAUUAAACCUCAAGUUGCAAUAUUCACCACACCGAACGGUGACUUCAAUGUUCUUUUUAAAUCUUUGGAGAAUAAUGGCUUAAGGAGAACUGAUCACUUCUUCGAGUGGAGUAAAGAACAGUUUAAUGAUUGGUGCAGUAACAUAGUAUUACGUUACCCACAAUAUACUGUUAGCACUAAGGGCGUAGGUCCAGGACCGCCUGGGACCUCGCACAUAGGAUGUUGCAGCCAACUGGCAAUGUUUGUGGCUAAAAGCUAUCACAAACAAGAGGAUUUGGACAUUAAUAGCCUAGCUCUUGUACCUAAGUUACCAACUCAGAGUGCUGUGAGUGAUAUGAUGUGUAGCUGCAAUUCUUCGGAUGAUUUUGAUACCAGCAUGCUGUGUUUAGAAGAUAAUAUUAAUUCCUUUACUGAGCUCCUUGACCGUCAUUCCUGUAUGACUCUUGUUCUGACUUCUCCUUCGUUCUCCUCCGAAUCCCUCAAGUACGAAGAUAAGACAUCUCAAUGUAACAUAGACAUUGAAUUUGGAAAGAAUUUUCUUAUGUUUGAUGACGAUACAUACUAUGAUACCCUUCUUCCAAGUAGACAACGACAGAUUCAAGUCUAUGAAAUUGAAGAUGUUGCUAGCAGGUUAAAUUGCAGUACAUUACAAGUGAAGAAGUUCUCCAAGGAAACACAAAAUUUACUAAUUAAACAUAAAACGGAUGCUUUGUGCCACACACGCGAAGUGGUUGAUGAAAUAAAAUAUUUAACAAAAAUGCUUAAUUUCGAUAAAGAUUCCAAAAAUGGAAUUGAAAAUCAUUCGUGGUGUAACAUAAAUUGGGGAGAAAAUGCGCCAUAUUGGAAUCAGUAUUACAAAGUCAUCAAGGAAUAUGAUUAUCCUUAUGAAACGAAAUCAGAUGACUGCCGUAUAUUAGAUGUGGUAUGUGAGAAAAUAGACUGGCUUUUAGAUGAAAAUGACAGUACUUUUUUGGUCGAAGGUCAUAAGUUGGAGAUACCUGUCUCAUAUCUCAUGGACACCGUAAAACACAUUACUAGUGAUGUCGAUAAAGUAAAGGAGUUACUGGAAUGGAACGGAUACGAGAUAAAAGACGACGUGCUAAUUCACCCCCGUCUAGACAUAGACAAUAUCUCCAUAGACACAGACACUGACAAUGACUGGACCGAAGAUGUACACGAUGUAACGCGUUUUAUUACGUACAAAGUGGAUAUAUUCGAGUUUGCCAUUAACAAACUUAGUGUUGCCAUGCUUGUACCACUGUUGACGAUGAAUUCAGAAUGUAGCGCCAUAGUACGAGAUUUCUACGAUCGUAGCCUCCACCGCGCUAUUGACCGCAAAGUAUUGAAACUGAGAUCAAUGUUUAUCGCCGAUGAAGACAUUACACCUGAACUGGAUAGGAUUUUAUGUCGUUUGAUGAAGCUUGCAUUAAAUUCGAGAAACGAACAUCGAGGCCCCCCCUCUGUUAUCUGGUUGCAAUACAAACUGUUUGGUCUUCUUAGUCUCACGGAAAAGGCUAUAGAAAAAAGGAGGUGCCACAUGCUGAACAACUUUUCUAUUAGGGCUAUUGAGUAUUGUAAAGAAGAUAGAGAUAAAUUAUUUAACCUCAAUAAAAUAAAAGAAGAGGAUGAAUCUGCGCAAAAUAUUGUAUCUAAAUAUUACCAAUUGGUACCCUCGUUAGAAGAUCUAACUGGGUUAGACGAUAUUCAUUACCAAGAAUUACACUACCAAUUUGAAGAUUCUGAUUUCGAUGAUAUAACAAGCAAUGAGUUUAAAGCUCAUGACGUCACGCUUUAUGCGGAUAAUCAAAUUGUUCCAGUUCAUCCAUUCCAAAAUAUAGCAGGAAAUAAAAUUGAAUUAUCUGAUUGGGAUUCAAGUAAUCUGGAUUUAGUUCCAUAUCUGAGUCACACAGAUGUUUCAGAUGUUAUCAGCUCGGACGAAAAUAAUUUGGUCUUUACAAAUACUACAAAAUUUGACAGAAUAAAAACUAACACUGUAUUCAAAUACCUAAACAACAUUAAUAGUAAUUCCUGUCUUAAACUGACUGUUGCUUCCCAAAAUAAAGUGUUACCGGAAAAGCUAUUCAAAAACAACUAUAGCAUGAUCAGCAGGAAUGUACCGAGCAAGUCUAAAGUCAAAAAACUUAAUAAGAAGUCGAAGUGCAAUAACCUGAAACGUCAAAAAGAAGAAUACAAACGUAGUAAGGCCAAGGAGAAGAAAAAGCUAAAAGAACCUCAGAUGCCCCGCUCCAUAAUAUACAAUCAAAUUAUGGACAGUCCUACAGAAAAUUGUAAUUUAGAAUAUGAGAACACAAAGAACUGGGAAGAAUUAAAUUCUGAAGUUUUAAGAGAUACUACGGCUAGUUAUGAAAAUGUUACAGAUAACAAUAUAGCUAGUACUGAAAUAUGCGUAUUUCUUAAUAUAGUUUCAGAAAAUGGCGAAGAAACAGUUGCUUUGCAGCGAAAUAUUGGCACGGAUCCUGAUUCUGAUCUGCUAUAUUUUGAGAAUGAAAUACUUUUGGAUUCCUUAAUGAAUGUAACGAGAGAUAAUAGUUUCUAUUAUACAAGGAUUGAGUCAGACUUAGAAAAUUUAGAUUCAAAUACAAUAUUUUUAAACGACAUAAACGAACCCAGUACAUCAAAAGGGGUAAGACACCUGAGCACCGACGUGCAAUGUGGUCCCGAUGUUUCAAUAACAAACAUGAUGUUAUCGGCGUCUACGUCUUUUACUAAAAUGUCUAAACUUUACACAACAGGGAUAAAAAUUGGGGAUUCAUGUGUAGAUAUACCAAAAAAUAAAGUUACUUAUGAUUUCGGUACAUGUACUGAUACCUGUCAAAGUAUAAUUACAAAUAAAAAAUCAAUAGGUAUAAAAAUAAAAGAUUCGGAUAUUAAUAUUCGUAAGCAAGAGAGUUCCACGAUGACUGAAGAGCUCAAUAACAGGGAUGCCGUCAUUUCACCAACCCAAAACGUAAACAUUAUGGAGCCUAAACCACUGAAAAGCGCAAGUUUAUCUGUUACAGAUGAGUUUAGUUCGCAUGUUUUUGAAAGCAUAGGAAGUUUAACUAAGUCCCACACACGACUAAGCGAAUCGUCGAGAUAUACCAGUGAUUUUCUUAUACAAAUACCAGGAGAAGAUAAAAAUAUACUGAAAACAAAAUAUAUAAGACCGAAAUUGAGCUGUGGUGGUGUCCAUGUACACAGUUACAAAGAUCGCAUCGCUUCGGAAGAUCUUGUAUACCAAGGGGAAUGGCAGCGCUCGAAACUUAAAACAUUGGCUAAAAAGAAUCCUAAUGCACCAAUUAUUAAAAAAAUAAGGAAAAGAAGUGUAAAUCUGAAAGACAACCCUAGCUUAAAGGAUACAAACAAAAAAGAAAAUAAGGUUUUAUGCAAAACUUUGACAGUAAGAAGCCCCAAAGAAGGUCCCAAAAAAUAUUUUCCAAAUAAAACUGUCGCAAGCAAUCUUCAGUCCACAAAUUUAUCAGGAUUAAUGAAAACAAAUAAAAAUGUAACAAAGGUUGCAUCAAAAAUCACUACGAGCUCUACUGUCGCUAAAAACACCAAGAAUUUUUACUCGUCUAAGCAAUCAUUCAUGUCAUCAACUCCUAAACGUAACGUUAAUGCAGAAAGAGAAAAAAACACCAGAAAGAAUUACCUUCCACUUUAUUUGAGAAAAAGACUUAAUUCCUCUUUGUUAAAAAAACAAUCUGAAGCAAUAGGUUCAAGAGAUACAAAUCCAAAACUUAACUUAGAUAUAAAUACAGCGCGUGAUUCUCCACACGUACAGGACCUUACAAGAGAUUUGCUUUUAAUACCUGAAUCGCCACAUACUAAUCUAAACUAUAUUGUGUUUCGAAACGACAUUGAGACAAACAAAAACAUCAGCACGAACUCACCUUCAAUUGAUUUGAUCAGAAACGAUUCUACAAAGCGCCUUAGUCCAGGAUCUCCAAAUAGUUCGACAUGUUCUUCGCCUAACAGUGUUGCCACAGUUCGGGCUGCGUCGACAAGAACUAAAUCUAUAUGCAACCGUAAAAAUGCUACUUCAUCCGAUAGAAGCAACUCAGGAAACGUGGAGACAGAAGCCAGAACUGUGAAAAAUAAAAAGUAUACUAGACGAAUUAAAACAAACAAAAAAUCCUCAAAUAUUAUUCCGCUAAGCGAUAAUAAAGAAAAUUUACCAGAAUCUUCACGGAAUACCAUUUGUUUGAAGGAUAAUGAAAAGAAUUCAAAAAAGGUAUUUGUUAAUAGAACAAAAAGCAUAUACAUGGCUCAGGUGACUAACGAUGCAUCAAAUUUGGUGCCAGCCGCCGCUAAUUCUAAAAUUAAAUCGCAUCCGAACAAAACUUUAAAGUAUAUGUCUAUAAAAUCUCCAGAUGUCCAAAAGUUUAGUACGGCUAUACCAUCGGUAUCUGCUAAGAAGUCAUGUAAUGAAAAUUCAGUAGAAGAAUAUCCAUUGAAUCAUCAAUUAACAGAUAUGGAUGACUUGUCUGUACCCCCUCAACUGUACCCAAUCGGUUCAAUCGAAAUAACUAACCGUCCUGGUAAUUUACAAAUCGAAUCACAUAAAGCACUUAUUUCUAAUGUCUGCAGUAAGCCUGUUCAUCAAACAAAAAGUAGCAUUCUUUCUGCUAUAAGAAAAUUGGUCGAAGGGAACAUAAGUAAGGUUGAAACUAAUGACAAUGAUGGCCCUUUAUCUGAUUCUGAAACGGUUAUCAUAAGUCGAGAUGAUUUGGAUUCCAUUAAUUUUGAUGAAAUAUCAUCUCUCGCUAGUGUCAAAACAGUACCUAUAAAUGAUGGUAUUUAUAAAUUUGAGAGUGAUGCGGACAAUCAUAGUAAUGUAACGGAAACCCUUGUGAUAGCAGAUAAUAUAGAUUCAACGGAGAACGCGGUUUGUGAAUGUCAGCCAGAUGUAGAAUCAGAUUUGCCAUCUUUUAAAUCUAUGGCAUCGAUGUCCACUCCAAAGUUUUCCGAAUUCUAUUUAGCUGACAAUGAACUUGAGACAGUGAAUACAAAUUCCGUACAAGAUAUUUUUGAAAGAAAGGAUCCAAAUAUUGUUCCAAGUUCGGCUGGUGUUUUAGCGAUUCAAGCGUUCAGUGGCUUUUCAGUGAACCUAGAAUCACUCACAGGCGAUCAACCUGAUCACGUGAACUUAGUAGAUUCUGAAACUGGGAGUCUAACUUUAGAAUCAGCGAGACAAACGGCAUCAGAAGAAUUAUUUGUAUCCGGUCGAUCCUCUGACACGUACGAGUCAUGCCUAUAUGAUGAUGAAGCAGAUGUCCCUAAUUGGCUUUUCAAUAUUAUUAGUCAUCAGCAGUCGAUAGAAGAAUCGGAGGCUGAAGAUACUUUACCGGUAAUGGUGCCGCUGACUGGUCCAGAUUUUGAUAUAAAUGGUAACGUCGAACCCGGAGUGGGACUGGGGGCCGGAGCGGGGGAUGGUCGGGGGAUUCACAGUGAUCAUUCCCAAGACAGUUCCGGAAGGGGAAGUUCCUUAAGCUCGACUCCUACUUCUUCAGGGCCACAGAGCGAGGUGGCCGUUCUAGUAGACUCUUCAGCAUUCACUGCACAGUCAGUAUUCGGCCCCAUCGUGGGUCCCACAACAAACGCAGAAAACGAAGCGAUAAGUGUCUCUGUGCAACUCCCGGAGAAUAAUAGAAAUGGCGGUGCGAUUCGAACGAGCACAAAUACUAGGAAUUUUAUAAAUCCAGCAGUUAUGACGAGUGACGUAGACGCCGACGUCAGCUCUCUGGACACUGAUGCUAUGGAUUCUGAUAAUUGAUAACAAAUGAGUGAUAAGAACCUAUAAUUUUGAUAGCGAGUCCAUUCUACUCCAAAUAUGUAUAUCAUAUUAUUGCAGAUAUUUGGACAAAAUUGUAAGUUUGAUUAACGAUUAACAAAGUCUCGGCCGAACUGUAAAUAAAUUAAAAUUUAAUAAAUUAUCGUUUUUUUUUUUUUUGA